CCACAAUUUGGUUUCGGUUUCAGUCUGUUUCGGACUUUAAUGCGAUCAACAUCGAACAGAUGAUUCAGUCUCAAGCAUAUGACCAUAAUGCAAUUUGAGCGUGGUUAACAAAUAAAUCGCUAUUGUUAUUGUUUAAAGAAGUUAAGUGCGGAUAUAAAAAAAAAAUUUAAAACAUAUCGUUUAUAUUAGUAAUCAAGCUCGAAAACAUAUAAACUGUUCAAAAUGUCUACAAAAAAUAAAAGUUUUCUACUUUCCUUCGUAUUGUGUUUAUUAACAAUGAAAUUAACCAAUGCCUUUCCAGACUUUGGCUUUUCCCAUUUAGACCGAAGAUCAAAUCCAGAUGUAAAUUAUAAUUUUGAAAAAGACUGUGAAUGUAUAAAAUUAAGAGACUGCAAAAUAAUGAUUAAUCUUGCAACCAAAGCUCAAUCAUCGGAAAAAGCUUAUAUUUAUGACAAAAUACGCAAAUCAUCGUGUGGCUUUGCAGAUAAUCACCCACUCGUUUGUUGUCCAUCUACCAGUACCGAUCAGAGGUAUUCUCUUGAUUUUGAAGACGACGAAAAGCCUUGGGUGUGGGACACCAUCAAAUUCAAUAAUAACAAAUAUUUUGUGCACAAUAAUAAAAAGAAAAUUGUAAGAAAAUUCAAUUAUGGUUUCGAUGAAUUUCCCGGCUAUGAACAGAAUUUGGUUGAUUUUGAAGAUCCUCGCACGAGGAAGAAUUGCCCUCCAGCUUUUGAAGAUGGAUUUAAUGAAGAAAUUUACAUCAAUUCCAAAAAGAAACAAUUAAAACCUUUUAUCGAUCCACAUGGAUAUGAUAGUUUUGAUGCUUUAUAUGGGUAUCCAGCUCCAAGUGGAUUCAAGUUUUCAAAACUUGAACCAACAGUUGAUCCCUCAGUAGACAAACGAAUUAUCGAGAAUGAUGAUUUCAAACCGAAUCUAUUGAAUUCGGAAUAUUGUGGACUUUCAGUGAAUACACGAAUUGUUGGCGGAAAGGAUAGUGGACCUGGCCAGUUUCCAUGGAUUGCUCGGGUUGGAUAUGUCAAUAAAACUUCUCAAAAAGUAAGCUACAGAUGCGCUGGAUCUUUAAUCAGUGACCGAUAUGUGAUAACUGCUGCUCAUUGCGUCACUAAUCUAAUCGAUGAUCUUCAACUUUCCCAUAUUCGAAUUGGAGAAGUGCGCGGAAAACGAAAGACAGACUGCAACAGUAAUCCAGUUUUGUGUCGAGUACAUCAGGAUUAUGAAAUGGAACAGAUUAUUGCUCAUCCCAACUACGACUCACCGAAAUAUGCAAAUGAUAUUGCAUUAAUUCGCAUAGCUAGACCAGACGAAGGAGUUCCCCUAACUCCGAUUUGCUUACCUUUUAAUAAUCUUGCAAAACGUGACGUCGAACUAACUGGAAACUUGGCAAUUGUUGCUGGUUGGAGUUCAAAUAUUGCAGGUACUCAUCAGUCAGAAUUAGCAUUGAACAAAAAACCUUCUCUACAGUAUGUCCGAUUGCCGAUUGUUAACCGGAGUGCUUGUGCCGUUACGUAUGCACAAUUCAGUGCAAAUUCUUGGACACCAAUAUUUAUUCAACCCUCUCAAAUAUGUGUCCAGGGUCGAGAAAAUAUGGAUGCUUGUCAAGGUGAUAGUGGAGGUCCUUUAAUGGACGAUGGAACUACUGAUAAUAGAUUCCGUUAUACGUUGCUAGGUUUAGUCUCAUUCGGUCCAAGAACUUGUGGAGUCUCUAAUUUUCCUGGUGUUUACACAAGAGUUGCAUCGUUUCUCGAUUGGAUAAAAUCGAAUGUUCAAUCUUAAUUAUGUGAUUAUAUUUGUAUGUUUAUUUUUAAGUUAAUUUUAAAAGAUAUUCCGAAUUUAUAAAUUUAAUUAGGUAUUAAUUUUAAGCAAAUGUUAGAUGUUACAAAAUGAAAAUUUUAAGUACAAAUU